CCCCUGCAGCCGCGGCCUGUGGCGCCCGCGGCACCAUGAUCUCCACCAAGGAGAAGAAAACCCCCAAGGACAGCAUGACGCUCCUACCCUGCUUCUAUUUCGUGGAGCUGCCCAUAGUGGCAUCCUCCAUCGUGUCCCUGUACUUUCUGGAACUGACCGACCUCUUCAAGCCGGCCACAGUGGGCUUCCAGUGCUACGACCGCGCGCUGUCCAUGCCCUAUGUGGAGAGCCACGAGGAGCUCAUACCCCUGCUCAUGCUGCUCAGCUUGGCCUUCGCUGCCCCCGCUGCCUCAAUCAUGGCCGGCGAGGGCGUGCUGUACUGUCUGCAGUCCCGGCUGUGGGGCCGCGGCGGGGGCCCGGGCGGGGCCGAGGGCAGCAUCAACGCCGGCGGCUGCAACUUCAACUCCUUCCUGCGUCGCACCGUGCGGUUUGUGGGCGUCCACGUGUUUGGCCUCUGUGCCACGGCCCUGGUGACCGACGUCAUCCAGCUGGCCACCGGCUACCACGCGCCUUUCUUCCUCACCGUCUGCAAACCCAACUACACUCUGCUGGGCACGUCGUGCGAGACAAACCCCUACAUUACGCAGGACAUCUGCUCUGGCCAGGACACCCAUGCCAUCCUGUCUGCACGGAAGACCUUCCCGUCCCAGCAUGCCACGCUGUCGGCCUUCGCCGCAGUCUACGUGUCGAUGUACUUCAACUCGGUCAUCUCAGACACCACCAAGCUGCUGAAGCCCAUCCUGGUGUUCGCCUUUGCCAUCGCCGCGGGGGUCUGUGGCCUCACCCAGAUCACACAGUACCGCAGCCACCCCGUGGACGUCUACGCAGGCUUCCUCAUCGGUGCCGGCAUCGCCGCCUACCUGGCCUGCCACGCGGUGGGCAACUUCCAGGUCCCGCCUGCAGAGAAACCAGUGGUGCCCGCACCCACCAAGGACGCGCUGCGGGCCCUGACCCAGCGGGGCCACGACUCGGUUUACCAGCAGAACAAGUCGGUGAGCACGGACGAGCUGGGUCCCCCGGGGCGGCUGGAGGGCGCGCCUCGGCCUGUGGCCCGCGAGAAGACGUCGCUGGGCAGCCUGAAGCGGGCCAGCGUGGACGUGGACCUGCUGGCCCCGCGCAGCCCCAUGGGCAAGGAGCACAUGGUGACCUUCAGCAACACGCUGCCACGCGUGAGCACGCCGUCGCUGGACGACCCCGCCCGCCGCCACAUGACCAUCCACGUCCCGCUGGAUGCGUCACGCUCCAAGCAGCUCAUCAGCGAGUGGAAGCAGAAGUCGCUGGAGGGCCGCGGCCUGGGGCUGCCCGACGAGGCCAGCCCGGGACACCUGCGGGCACCUGCCGAGCCCAUGGCGGAGGAGGAGGAGGAGGAGGACGAGGAAGAGGAGGAGGAGGAGGAGGAAGAGGAGGAGGAGGGUCCCGCCCCGCCCUCGCUCUACCCCACGGUGCAGGCGCGGCCAGGGCUGGGGCCUCGGGUCAUCCUCCCGCCACGGGCUGGGCCGCAGCCGCUGGUGCACAUCCCCGAGGAGGGGGGGCAGGUGGGGGCUGGCCUGUCCCCCAAAAGCAGCGCUGCGGUGCGUGCCAAGUGGCUCAUGGUGGCUGAGAAGAGUGGGGCGGCAGCAGCUGCGGCCCCCACGCAGCCCCGAGUGGCCAACCCGCCGCGGUUGCUGCAGGUGAUCGCCAUGUCCAAGGCCCCGGGCGGGCCCGGCCCCAAGGCGUCCGAGACGGCCUCGUCCUCCAGUGCCAGCUCCGACUCCUCGCAGUACCGGUCGCCAUCAGAUCGCGAUUCGGCCAGCAUCGUCACCAUCGAUGCGCAUGCACCCCACCACCCCGUUGUCCACUUGUCUGCGGGCAAUGCGCCCUGGGAGUGGAAGGUGGCAGGUGGCGGGGCCAAGGGCACAGAGGGCGAGGGCGGGUACGAGCUGGGGGACCUGGCACGCGGCUUCCGCGCUGGGGCUAAGCCGCCAGGUAUGUCCCCCGGCUCAUCCAUCAGUGAUGUGGACCAGGAGGAGCCACGAUUCACGGCUGUGGCUACCGUCAACCUGGCCACAGGUGAGGGGCUGCCUCCCCUGGGCGCGGCUGACGGGGCGCUGGGGUCAGCCAGCCGCGAGUCGACGCUGCGGCGGCAGGUCCUGGCACUGGGGGAGCGGGAGGUGGGUGAGGCGGAGGCUGAGAGCUACUACAGGAAGAUGCAGGCCCGCAGGUUCCAGGACUGAGCCGCCAGCCCAGGACGGGAGGUAUUUAUCAGGCAUCCGCAGGCCAUGGGGGGAUAGGGCAUGGCAAGGCCAGGGUGGGUGGGUGGGCAGACCCCAAGGACUGGGGCAAGGGUGGACAAGGCUGGGGGUACAGCACUCUGUGGUCGAAUCAAUAAAAAGGCUCAUAGACAAA